AUGACUAAAUCAAUAAAACACCUCGUCGUAGACACGACUGCAUUCAUUAAAGCUGAAAAUCUCCAGCAAAUCGCCGAAAAUGUUUACACAGUUCAAGAAGUGGUAGACGAAAUAACAAAUGAUCGACAACGCAGGAAACUUGUCGUUUUACCGUACGAUUUGAAAAUCAAAGAUGUAUUUACAGAGAACAUUCAAUUUAUUACGGAGUUUUCGAAGAAAACUGGUGAUUAUAGAAGUCUCUCAGCUACAGAUAUUAAGGUCAUGGCUUUAACUUAUCAAUUGGAAAAAGAUAUAAUAGGAACCGAGCACUUGAAGUAUGAACCGACUAUGCAGAAAACCGUUAAAGUUACAGGACUAUCUGGGUAUGUCAACUCUCAAGACACAGCCAAAACAAAAGAAAGCACAAAGGGUAAUAUAACACCAGAAAAAUCCACUUCAGUUGAUAAUGAAGCAACUGUAGACGCUUCUAGUAUAAAUGAACCUUCUGUAAGUAAAGAAGAUGAGGAAGAUGAAAAAUUUGCUCAUGAAAUAGCUGAGCAAAUACAACAUUUGGAAUUAAGGGAUGAAAAGGAGGCAGAUGCUGUUAUAUUUAAGGUUAAAGAGAGUGAAUCAGAUAGUGAAGAGUCUUCUAGUGAUUGUGAUGAUGAUGAUGAUGGAAGUGAAUGGAUAACACCUAGCAAUGUAAAAGACAAGAAAAAAGAAAUGGAGCUUGAUGAAUUAGAAGAAAAGUUUGUAGAUGUGGCUUGUAUUACAUCAGACUUUGCAAUGCAAAAUGUUCUCAAGCAAAUUGGAUUAAAUGUCACAGCUGUCGAUGGUAGAAUUAUUAAACACUUACGUACAUUCAUUUUCCGCUGUACAACAUGCUUCAAAACAACAAGUGUUAUGACCAAAUUAUUUUGUCCAAAAUGUGGACAUGCUACCUUAAAGAAAGUGUCUGUAAGUGUUGAUGAUGAAGGUAACCAACAUAUUCACAUUAAUGGACGCAAACCAUUGACAGCAAGGGGUAAAAGAUUUAGCCUACCUACACCUAAAGGUGGACAACAUUUUCAAUACCCUAUAUUAACUGAAGACCAGCAUAUCCACAAAAGAUUUGCCACAAAACUAGGCAGAAGUAAAACAAAUGCCUUAGACCCUGAUUACAUUGCUGGGUACUCACCAUUUGCCAUGAAGGAUGUUAAUUCGAAAUCAGCUGUAUUAGGUGUGAGGGCAGACAAGCAGGAUUUAAAAUACUGGAUGAAAAAUUACUCUAAGGGCAAGAAUAAAUAA